GCCACUUGUCCCUGGUUCUACAGCCUCAACAUGUCGGAGACCGCUCCUGCCGCUCCCGCCGCCGCGCCCCCUGCGGAAAAGGCCCCGGUGAAGAAGAAGGCGGCCAAGAAGCCCGCAGGGGUGCGCCGCAAGGCGUCCGGGCCGCCCGUGUCCGAGCUCAUCACCAAGGCGGUCGCCGCCUCCAAGGAGCGCAGCGGCGUGUCCCUGGCCGCGCUCAAGAAGGCGCUGGCGGCCGCCGGCUACGACGUGGAGAAGAACAACAGCCGCAUCAAGCUGGGCCUCAAGAGCCUGGUGAGCAAGGGCACCCUGGUGCAGACCAAGGGCACCGGCGCCUCGGGCUCGUUCAAGCUCAACAAGAAGGCGGCCUCCGGCGAGGCCAAGCCCAAGGCCAAGAAGGCGGGCGCGGCCAAGCCCAAGAAGGCUGCCGGGGCGGCCAAGAAACCCAAGAAGGCCGCGGGGGCCAGCACCCCCAAGAAGAGCGUCAAGAAGACCCCAAAGAAGGUGAAGAAGCCCGCGGCGGCUGCUGUCACCAAGAAAGUGGCCAAGAGUCCAAAGAAAGCGAAGGCUGCCAAGCCAAAGAAGGCCGCCAAGAGCGCAGCAAAGGCCGUGAAGCCCAAGACCGCCAAGCCCAAGGUUGCCAAGCCCAAGAAGGCUGCACCUAAAAAGAAGUAGGCUGUUGAACGUCUGCUUCUCCAACCCAAAAAGGCUCUUUUCAGAGCCACCACUGAUCUCCAAGAAAGAGCUGAACAUGGUCUCCGCCCUGUCCUUUCCCACUUUAACCUUCCGUGCUAGGUGUGGAUGGCAGCUACGGUUUACGCCAGCCAGGAAGGGGCGGCAGCGGUCCGCACGCCCCCAGGGCUCCAUCCCCUGCCCAGCGGGAGCCCUAGUGGCCUCCCGGGCCGCGGUGCGGAAGCGCUGUCCCGAGGCGCGCACUCGUGCGCCAGCCCCGCCCGCGCCCGGCCAUCGAAAACAACCACAAAUCAAGGUCGCCAAGUUCCUCGGUC